AUGUCCGACGGGUACGUGUGGUUUGAAGGGAUACCUUUCCCCGUGGUGGACUGCACGCCUGAGCACCUGAGAGCCAUACGGGAGGACUUUGUGUUUAAGGAUCAAGAUGUCUUAACCGUGUCCUUCCCCAAAUCAGGAACGAACUGGCUGAUCGAAAUCCUCUGCCUGAUUUACUCCAAGGGGGACCCCGCGUGGGUCCAGUCCGUGCCCAUCUGGGAGCGCUCGCCCUGGGUGGAGAACACACACGGGCACGAAAUCCUAAAGCAUCAGGAGGGCCCACGUCUCAUCACCUCCCACGUGCCCUGCCACCUCUUCCCCAAGUCUGUCUUCAAGUCCAAGGCCAAGAUGAUUUAUCUCAUCAGAAAUCCCAGAGAUGUCCUGGUGUCUGGUUAUUUUUUCUGGAUUAUUUCGAAGUUGGCUAAGAGACCCGAGUCCCUGGAACAAUAUUUUGAAUGGUUCCUCCAAGGGCAUGUGGCAUUCGGAUCGUGGUUUGACCACGUUCGUGGCUGGAUGUCCAUGAGAGGAAAGGAGAACUUCUUGAUAGUGAGUUAUGAAGAGCUAAUACAGGACACAAGAAGCACCGUACAGAAGAUCUGCCGAUUCCUGGGCAAGAAAUUAGAGCCAGAAGAACUGAACUCGCUGCUCAAGAACAGCUCCUUCCAGGUCAUGAGGGAAAACAACAUGUCCAAUUACACGCUCCUGCGCGGCUGGCUCCUAGAGGAGCGGGGCUCACUUAUGAGGACAGGCAUUUCUGGGGACUGGAAAAACCACUUCACAGUGGCCCAAGCUGAGGUCUUUGAUAAAAUAUUCCAGGAGAAGAUGGCAGGUCUCCCUCGAGAGCUGUUCCCAUGGGAAUAAUGUUGAAAGACUCCUGGAUCUCCUCGAGGGAAAUGUUUGUUCUCCUGCCCCUGGCGUGUGAACCGCUGGCGGUAAUUGCGUAAAACCUGUUACUUCGUCCUGGAACCUGGAAUCAUCAGACCUCUGAACUUUGACGACUCGAUUGUUAAAAAUUACCAGGGUGCUGCUAACUCACUGCCUGGCACCCCAGCUUUCAACAGAUAUUUAAUACAUACAGAAUGAUACAGAAAAAAUACAAGUAUUACC